AUGACCUUUACUUCCAUUUGUACCGCAACACCCCACAACGCGAACGAUCUGACGGAACCCCUUCUACCCCAAGGAUCCGGCGUAAAGGCGCCGCCCGCAAGUGCCGUCAUCGGUAGGAAUGGGGAAGACGACCGCGACCCAGACACAACGAUUGUAGAAAGCAACGACUCCUACCACAAGGAAGACACCGACGAUCCAGCGUGUUCCUGUACCAUUUCCAUGGGUUUAGAUCGCGACAAGCUCCCCCACCAGCACCAGCACAAAUACCAGUACAAGCAGUCACACACAAACAGUGGCGAUGUUUCCGUGGUGACUUGUCAAGAUACGACGUUCUUGUUGCUGAUCUUUCCGGCGCUGAUUGCCAUUCAAUUCGGAAUCGUCUUUUGGUCGAUUUCGAACAACAACGCCACAACUAACAGUGAAUCGACCAGCGUGCCCAAGAUUACCGUAGCGUUGGUUGAUCACUGGCCCGUCGUGAACGCCACUAUUGCGCUCUUUGCCAUUUCAACCUGGUUGUACCGUCUGACCUUGCAGGAAUGUCGAGUUACCAACGUUGUCUUGUUGUUGGUCCCCGAAAUCUUGCUCAACAUUGUGCUGGGUCUCGUCUUAUUUGGACAAGCUCUGUGGGGAUUUACAGUGCUCCUCGUAUCGCUUUUGGCGUUGUGUAGUCUGGUGGUUCUGCAUGGGGUCUACCAGCUGUUCUGUGAUACGCGUGACGUCGACGACGUUGUCGAAUUGCGUGACGACGAAAUGUAUCAUGGCGAGCAGCCAAAAGUCAACGACAAGAAGCCAGAAAGCCAGGACGAGGAGGAGGACUAUGGCUACUAUUGCCGAUGCCACGCCAUCGUUUGCUGAGGAAACGAAUCGCAACAAGUCUCGUACAAAGACGCUCUACAACCUAAUUCUAC